AUGGAUUAUGCGGCUGGUGAUGAUUACGAGAUAGGUGAAGUAGAGGACAUGUAUUUAGGUGAUGGGCUGAUGGCAGAGUCGGAGUCUGAUGAGGAAGAUGAGGAUGGAUAUGAUCAAUUGGACAAGAUUACGGAUACCUCUGCUGCUGAGGCGCGGAAAGGGAAGGAUAUCCAAGGGAUUCCAUGGGACCGGUUAAGCAUAUCCAGGGAGCAGUAUAGACAGACAAGAUUAGAACAGUACAAGAAUUAUGAGAAUAUCCCACAAUCUGGAGAGGGAUCAGAGAAGGACUGUAAAGUAACGAGAAAAGGAGGUGUGUAUUAUGAGUUCUGGCAGAAUACUAGAUCUGUAAAAUCAACCAUUCUUCAUUUUCAGUUGAGGAAUCUGGUCUGGUCGACCUCAAAGCAUGAUGUUUACCUCAUGUCUCAUUAUUCCAUAAUUCAUUGGUCAUCGUUGACUUCUAAGAAGACUGAAGUUCUUAAUGUCUCUGGUCAUGUGGCUCCCAGUGAGAAACACCCAGGAAGUUUACAGGAAGGAUUUACUCAGACACAAGUUAGUACAUUGGCUGUGCGUGACAAUCUGUUGAUUGCGGGAGGAUUUCAAGGGGAGUUAAUUUGCAAGGAUCUUGAUCGACCUGGUGUUAGCUUUUGUACUAGGACAACAUAUGAUGAUAAUGCUAUCACAAAUGCAAUUGAUAUAUAUGAUGGUCCAAGUGGUUCUGUUCAUUUUACAGCUUCUAAUAACGAUUGUGGAGUACGGGAUUUUGACAUGGGGAGAUUCCAGCUUGUCAAACAUUUCUCAUACCCCUGGCCUGUAAAUCAUACCUCUCUGAGUCCAGAUGGCAAAGUCAUUGCAAUUGUCGGAGAUAAUCCUGAUGGGAUGUUAGUCGAUUCACAAUCUGGCAAGACUAUUGCACAUGUUCGUGGUCACCUGGAUUUCUCCUUCGCGUCCGCAUGGCACCCGAACGGUUACCUGUUCGCCACUGGAAAUCAAGACAAGACCUGCCGAGUGUGGGACUCGCGCCACCUGUCGAAAUCCUUGGCCAUGCUCAAAGGAAACCUAGGCGCCAUCCGGUCGAUCCGCUUCUCGUCUGACGGCCAUUUCAUGGCCACGGCCGAGCCGGCCGAUUUUGUCCACGUGUACGAUGUUAGAAACGGGUACGAAAAGGAGCAGGAGAUAGACUUUUUCGGGGAGAUAUCGGGAGUCUCUUUUAGCCCCGACACCGAAUCUCUAUUCGUUGGAGUGUGGGACCGCACUUACGGAAGCCUCUUACAGUACAACCGGUGCAGGAGCUACUCGUACCUCGACUGCUUCUAA